AUGGACUCAAUUAAAAGUUUACUGGGCAAUAAAGAAGAAGAGAAGGAUCAAUCAGUUUGGGAUGAUAGAAUUAUAGGUUUCGGUAUAUGCGCAGGUUUGGGUCUAUUCUUUUCAUUCUUGGGUUUUCUAUUCCUUACUUCACCAUCAUCUUUUGCUUUUCUUUAUACAGUUGGAAAUAUAUCAAUGCUUUGCGCUACUGGUUUUAUAGUUGGACCAACCAAACAAAUUAAGAAUAUGGCACAACCAACACGUGCAAUCUGUGCAGUUGUAUUUGUUCUUUCUAUGGUUCUUACAUUGGUUGCUGUUUUCCAAGAUUGGUCAGUCAUUUUCAUCAUCAUUUUGAUUAUCUUCCAAUUCUGUGCAUUAUUAUACUAUACUUUCUCAUACAUUCCAUAUGGUAGAGAAUGUUUGAGAGGUAUUUGUGGAUCCGUCGUAUCAGUUUAA